CUUCUCUCCUUUCUCCACCAUUUCUGUGGUCCCCCCAAAACCGACUACUUGUCAACUUGAUGAAACUGCCCUCCGUUUGCCGCUGCAGAUGACAAAGAGGACACCUACCAGUGCUUCCAGUACAAGCAGCGACACACAUCCAGAGGGAAGGCCUACUUCAACGCAGUGCUGGUGGUGCUGUUCUGGCUCGUCUUCAUCAUGCUCGUGGUCUCCUAUGCAAAGAUCGCCUCUCAGUUGCUGAGGGUGUCUCGGGACAAACCGGACCUUCCCAACGCGCAGAAAUAUGAACGCACUGCCAAGAAAUCUUUCUUCGUUCUCUUUCUGUUCACCGUGUGUUUCGGACCCUACCACGCCUUUCGGCCCAUCUACAUCCUCUCGCAGCUAAGCGGAGAGGUCUCGUGCGACUACUUGCAGCUGAUGGACCACACCAAUGAGGUGAUGCUGUUAUUCUCUGCCUUCAAUAGUUGUUUGGAUCCGGUCAUGUACUUUCUGUUAUCUGGCUCGGUGCGCAAAAUCACACUGCAGGCGCUUGGGCAUCGAUUUGGAAACAGGCUCUUCCUCCAUGAUGCAACGUCCAACAGCUCGACAACGGAGUUCAGACGGCCGAGUGUGCCUAUGGGGUUACCAAAACCUGAACUAAACAUCCCUUCCACCUCACCGAGAGCCAGCAUCUGUGUCAACAACUCCACCUUCUACCACACAGGAGAGACUAUGCUUCCACCUACUGGCCAAAACUGAUCACAAGUUUGAACAGCAGAGAAAUAAACACCUUAUUUUUCUGACAUUGGUUGGACUGAAAAAAUUAGCAAAGCAUAAAGACUGAGAAAUUAAAUUCUGCUUUAACGCCUGAAAGAGACUGACAAUACUCUAUGAGUAGAGGCACUGCAGUGAACACUUUAACCAAAGUUUUUCCUAGUAAUGCAUGUUAUGUUUAUUUUCUAUCAAGCAAUGAUGUAAUGUCUCUAAAAAUAUAAAUAUGUAUAAUUAUAAUAAUGGAUUUAGUAUACCUGGAGACAAAUGUUAAAGCAAACACUUCUCAAAUGCUUUCUUGUUGAAAAAAUAAAA